AUGGAGCCGGCACUGCCGCUGCCGCCGCCGACUUCGACGACGUCGUUCUUCCGCAGCAGGAAGAAAGAGAAGGUCGUGUUCGUGGUGGGUCCCACGGGGACAGGCAAGUCCAGGCUGGCGAUCGACCUGGCCACCCGCUUCCCCGCCGAGGUGGUCAACUGCGACAAAAUGCAAGUCUACGAGGGACUCGAGAUCGCCACCAACAAGGUCACCGACGGCGAGUGCCGCGGCGUGCCCCACCACCUCCUCGGCGUCGUCCCCGACCCGCUCGCCGACUUCACCGCCGCCGACUUCUGCCGCCACGCUUCUUUCUUGACCGAAUCCAUCCUCGCCCGCGACCGCCUCCCCAUCGUCGCCGGCGGGUCCAACUCCUUCGUCGAGGCGCUGGUCAACCACGACGUUGACUUCCGGUCCCGCUACGAGUUCUGCUUCCUCUGGGUCGACGUGGCGCUCCCGGUUCUCUACGCGUUUAUUUCCGACCGGGUAGACCGGAUGGUCAGGGCCGGGUUGGUCGAGGAGGUUCGGGCCGUGUUCGACCCGACCGAUAGGGAUUACACGCGCGGGAUCCGACGCGCGAUCGGCGUGCCCGAAUUGGAUGAGUACUUUAGAUCCGGCAACCGCAGCGCCGCCCUCCUGGAGGCGGCGAUUGAGCAGAUUAAGGAGAACACGUGUAUUCUGGCUUGCCGGCAGUUGAAGAAGAUCCAGCGGCUGAACAGCCAGUGGAACUGGAGCAUGCACCGGGUCGACGCCACGGAGGUUUUUCUUCGCCGGAGCGGGUCGGCUGAAUCCGACGAGAUCUGGGAGGAGCUUGUGUCGGGUCCCAGCACCGCGAUCGUGGAUCAGUUCCUUCACCGGGAGUUGGAUCUCGUUUCGACGGCGAUGGCGGUGGAGGAGAUCACGGCGGCGGUGGGGAUUCCUCUGCCCGCCAUGGCGGCGGCGGGGCUGACCCGGUAG